UAUCGUUCUAUAAAUCAUCGUGUGGAUUCUAACUCCUUGUGGCUUUAUCGGUGGUAUUAUUCAGAAGUUUGCCAAUGGAUUUUGAUUCUCACCAUUACACUAAUCCUGGCUCUUGCUUUCAUUGAAACACCUUCUUCGCUUACUGUCACAUCAGAUGUUCGAUAUCGCUCAGAAGCUUGGAAACCUCCUUGUGGCUUGACUGAAAGCAUUGAACUGCUUUGCUUCCUUGUCUUUAUAGUAGACAUCUCUGUAAAGAGCUACUUAAUUGGAUGGGAAGAAUUUCGGAAAACCAAAUGGUUAAUGGCCUACAUCCUGGUCCUGCUCAUCUCCCUUAUAGACUGGAGCAUUUCGCUGAGUUCUUCCUGUCAUGAAAACCUGAGGAUCAGACGUAUCCUUCGACCUUUCUUCCUUCUUCAGAAUUCUUCAAUGAUGAAGAAAACACUAAAAAGCAUCAAGAGGACAUUGCCAGAAAUUACAAGUGUUAUGCUGCUCUUAGCUGUUCACCUGUUUCUCUUUACCAUGUUUGGCAUGCUGUUGUUUGCUCGGACAAAA